UGAAGAAACGGAGGGGAUGCAUCAUGGACGACAGAGUACAGAAACUGCCGCCGUGGAUACCAGAGAGGGACACUUCUAGGUACCCCUCAUCAUGGUGUAAAGUCUAAAAAUGUCCAUUCUGUGGGAUUAAGUACCAGCAGUUAUCCAACAACCAAUCAUGGUUGAGAUCAGCUUGAUAACGGCCAGCGCCUAUUACGCCUUGACCGCGCUGUGGUGGCUCAUCCAAGUGACAAAACAUUACCACUUCAUGAAACAGCGACACUGUGAUUACUUCAGCUCGGUUACCUACCCUUGCUGUGCCUGGGACAAGAAACACCCAGUAGAGGGCGUUUUCAAAGUGAUUUCUAGUCUUGCUAUUGCAAUCAGUUUAUUUUCCUUCAGUGGUGCUACCAAAGUACAGUUUUUGACUAACAGAGAAAUUGCAACAAUGUUCAUGUUCUUCAUGAUAUCGGGUGUGAUGGACAUAAUGGCGCGAUGGAGUGGGAAGACAUUCUACCAGCAACUGGAUUAUGUGGCUCUCAUGUUAUUUUUCGCCAUCCAGUCAGUCGUUUUCGUGUCACGGUCACAGUUCUCGGAGGAGCCAUUGACGAUGUUGUACUCACUCAUGUUGUACACCUCAGUCGCCACUCUUGCCGCAACUGCCAUGGAGAUGAGGUACAGGGAUCAGGUGCUGUGUUCGGUCAUGCGGAGUUAUCUCCUCCUGACUCAAGGGACAUGGGGUUUACAGGUGGCGUUUCUGGUGGAGGACAAAUCUCUCAUGGUCAACACUGACACGGAUGAUAUCUUAUUGACGGCCAUGUAUUUCACGUGGCAUUGUGGAAUCAAUUUUUUCCUUGUGUUAUCAAUUUGGUUAAUUAUGUUCAAGAUGUUGCAGAAACAGCUUUGUUGCUGCGUUGCCAUGGACACAGCUGCCGGACAAGACACCAUCUACCUGGAAAACAGGGUGCAUUUUGAUUAUCAUGUUUUAGAUAGAUUCGAAUCUGAUGUUGAGUAAAAUAUCACACAGAAUGACGGGGUAAAGCAGAUGAUGGUUGAUACGCCAGAUAUCACACCUUCAAGAUGGUGCUAACUUGGAAAUAGUGUAAUAAUCGUUGUACAUCUGUACAUUGACAGCACUGUGAAAAUUUCACAGACAUAUCUUUUUCUAAGUUCCAAUUUUUAGAAUCGUCCAUUAAUAUCAGUUCUACGACUGUAUGUUUUGACACUGGACUUGGAGUAAUGUAAUCAUUACAGAUGUGUUGCCCGGAGAGGACAUGAUAUAGUUCAUUUAUAAUCAAGACUUUCUUUUUUGUCCCCUAGUUAAUAAGCAAUGCAGGCCAAACAUGGAUUUAUGUGGACACUUGAGAUACUUUUAAAACCUACUUAUAUAUAUAUUUAUAUGAGUUUUUUCUUGCCAGUGCAGUUGUCAUAAUGACAGCUGUUCCACCAUCACUCAUUCUUCCAGAUCGUUGUAAGUUAUAAAGACAUCAGUAGUGUAGGGAAUCGGAAAUCAAAUCCACUAUCGAUUAUCGGAGUACUUGUGGUGAACGAUUAUCGAAUAUAAUCAAAAUAUAUACAUUUU